CAGAAGACACAUCUGCGCUCAGCGUGUCGGAGUUUGGCUGUCACAUCUCCGACUGCAGCGCUGUCUUCAGUACUUUGGACGACUAUGAGCACCACUACAACUCUCUUCACAGACACGUGUGCUGCUCCUGCCGCUGCUCCCUGCCCACUGCUCGUCUCCUCGACAUUCACAUCCAGGAGUGGCAUGACUCUCUUUUCACUGUCCUCGCCCAAAGGCAAGACAUGGUAAUGUCCCGACACUAGUUUUCUGAAAAUACCACCCCCCCCCCCUUCAAAAAAAGGUUAAAAGUCAAUUAUUUUAAAUGUUUUCAAAAGCAAUAAAUAAAUAAAACAUCUAAACUGACUUUCCAACAUUUUUGUAUUUUUCAGUACCAGUGCCUAGUUGAGGGUUGUGGACAGCAAUUUAGGACUAGUAAACAAAGGAAAGACCAUCUGAUAAUGAGUCACAAGUAUCCUCCAGACUUCAGAUUUGACAAAAACAAAAAGGGAAGAGGGUAAGGCAACAUGUAGUAUUUCCACCAGAUAGUGCUAUGUUUGGGGAUCUCUUUUAACCUUCAUCAGCAGUUUUCUGUUUAAUUCAAAUUAUUGUAAUUAAAAUGGGAUUUUGUUUUUAAAUAUCACUUUUUUAAAAGAACCAAAGCAAAGAGACAGCAGCAGAAGAACACAGCAAUGGAGGUUGUAGGUGUUGUGCAGGAGUCUCAGGGUGUGUGUGAGAGUAUAAGUGAUGAUCCUGAGGAAGAACAAUCCAUGGAAACGCAUGUGUCUAGUGAAGAAGGUGCUGCAGCUCAGAGCUCCGAAACACACACGGCUCAAAUAAAACCACAAUACUCACACAGGUUGGUCACUGUUGAUUCAUCCUUUUGGUGUAAGACAAAAUGAAUAUUUUAUUUUUUUAUUUUUUUAGAGCACACAUUUUACAGUCAUCCUAAAUCAAAUCGUGACCCAUUAACUUGUCUGAAAGUGAAUUAUUCUCACAUGAAUCUCAAUUUUUGGGUAAAACAUACCAUUUUUUCUAAUAAUCCUUUCAUUCAGGGUUCCUCCAACUGUGUGUUUUGGUCAUGGCUCGGUUCGAGGCUUCAGAGGAGGACGAUCCAGACGGAAAUAGAGCUCUGCAGCUGAGCUUUUUGUUCACUGCCCUGUAGAAUAAAAAAUGUAUGAAUUUUUUUCAUUUGUUGUGAUUAUUGUUAUUGUAUAAAAUAAAAAUAAAAGUUUAUAUGUGGUUUGAUUUACUUAUUACAUUUUACUCAUUGACUAAUUGUUACAUUGUAAAAUUGUGUUUCAAAUAAACUGUUACACCAUUUAAAAUGUUUAUUUGCAAAAAUAUUUUGAUAGACUGGAUGUUCGAAGCAGAGAUAAAUGUAAGUUUUGUAUUUAGCUUUCAGUUUUGAUAUAUAAAUUCUGGAUUUAUUAUUAAUGAAUUUCGUUUUAAUUUUCAAGCAAUUUGAGAGAAAAAAAAAAGAACCGUAAUAUUUUGUUAGCGCGCACAAAAAAAUUGAGUUUUAGAGGGCUGGCAUUAGAGAGGCUGGCUUUACGUCAGUGAUAAACUGCUUCCCGACGGAUUAUGAGAAGUUUCUCUUAACUAACGUUUAAUGUAUAACGUUUUACUUUCUCGCCAUGCUGCGGGUCAUUGUAGAGUCCGCCAGUGGGAUACCUAAAAAGAAAAUUGGAAACCCAGAUCCAAUCGCUACUGUUCUCUUCAGAGGCGAGAAGAAGAAAACCAAAGCAAUUGACAAUGAACUGAACCCGGUUUGGAAUGAAGUCCUUGAAUUUGACCUUAAAGGCGUUUCUCUAGAUGCUUCUUCAUUCAUCAAUGUCAUCGUGAAGGACUACGAAACUAUUGGAAAACACAAGUUUAUAGGUUCUGUACAAAUCUCUCUGAAAGACCUGGUCAGUGGCCAGCUAAAGACUCUCCCUUCAAAGAAUGUGCCUCUGCUCAGUGAGAAGCUACAGGCUAUUGGGGCUACUAUUAAUUUGGUCAUUGGGUAUGAACCUCCAACCAACAUCAGUUCAAGGGUAAAUGAUCCAGCUCAAGAAGAAAUGUCCCAGGCAGAGCCUGAGGGCAGUGAGGAAGCAGAUGAGAGGGAGGAGGUCGUGGAUGAAACAGAACAGGUUGGGAGUCCAGGAGUUCCCCUUUCACCAAACCAACCAGCCAAACCGAGCCUAAAGUCCCACCGUUUCAGCCGAAAGAGAGCCAGAGCCCUGCCCAAUAAGCCUCAGGACUUCCAGAUCCGUGUUCGUGUUAUCGAGUGUCGUCAGCUCCCCGGCAACAACAUCAAACCGGUGGUGAAAGUGAGCACGUGCGGACAGACAAACAGGACUAGAAUUAGAAGAGGAAACAACCCAUAUUUUGACGAGAUAUUUUUCUACAACGUAAACAUGCUUCCUUCCGAGCUUUUUGAUGAAAGCAUCAGCCUCCGAGUUUUUGACUCCUACUCCCUCAGAGCAGACAGUCUGAUAGGAGAGUUCAAGUUGGAUGUUGGUUACAUCUAUGAUGAAUCUGGUCAUGCUAUUUUGAGAAAAUGGCUCCUGCUGAGUGACCUGGAUGGUUCCAGCUCCGGGGGGAAAGGUUACCUAAAAGUCAGCAUAAUUAUUGUGGGCACUGGAGAUGAGCCACCGACUGAGAGGAGAGAGUUACGUGACGAGCAGGAUGACAUAGAGACUAACCUUUUGGUCCCAGCCGGGGUCACGAUGCGAUGGGCCACUCUGAGCCUUAAAGUUUACCGUGCCGAGGAUAUGCCACAGAUGGACGACGCCUUUGUUCAGAUGGUCAAACACGUCUUUGGAGGGGAUGGAGACAAGAAAAACUUGGUCGAUCCGUACAUGGAAGUCAGCUUCGCAGGGAAGAAGCUUUGCACCAAAAUAAUUGAGAAAAACGCAAACCCAGAAUGGAAUCAAGUCAUCAGUCUCCAAGUCAAGUUUCCAUCCAUGUGUGACAGGAUCAAGUUGACUAUGUAUGACUGGGAUCGUCUAUCCAGAGAUGAUGUCAUAGGAACUACGUUUUUGAAUCUGGGUAAACUCUCUCACUCCGGCGGGGAGACUGAAGACGUGCAGACUGAAACAUCCAACAAAAUCUCUGAAUUGAGCUCUGCUGCAGCAUCCGUAGCGGGGUUCCUCCCAGCUUUUGGGCCUUGCUAUGUCAACCUGUACGGAAGCCCAAGAGAGUUCACGGGUCUGCCGGACCCAUAUGAGAUGCUUAACUUUGGAAACGGAGAAGGAGUUGCGUACAGAGGGAGGGUUCUUGUUGAGCUCUCUACUCAGCUGGAUGAAAAGGCUGAAAAGAAAGUGGAUGAUAUCUCAAACGAUGACAUUCUUGUUGCUCAGAGAUACCAGCGGAGGCGGAAGUACUCUUUGUGCGCCGUUUUCCACAGCGCCUGCAUGCUCCAGGAGUUGGGUGAGCCAAUCCAGUUUGAGGUCAGUGUUGGUAACUACGGUAACAAGCUGGAUUCCACCUGCAAGCCCCUGGCAUCUACAACUCAGUACAGCUUUGCUGUGUUUGAUGGUAAUUACUAUUAUUACCUACCCUGGGCUGACACUAAACCAGUGGUGAUUGUGACUUCAUACUGGGAGGACAUCAGCCAUCGUCUGGACUCUGUCAACGGUCUUCUCUUCAUUGCUGACCAUCUUGAGUCCAAUCUUAUUUCUCUGAAAACCGCCAUGAUGGCCAAGGUGUCUGAGGCACGUCUGCGAGAAAUUUGGCUCAAACUCAUCGACCGCUUGAUUGAAGACUUGAGCCAUUUACAGCUGCCAGUACUGGAUUGCCAGCCUAACGUUACAGUUCUGGAUCUCCAAAUUAAAAAACUGCGUGAUGCUGCCGUAGAAAGCAUCAGACAGAUGGCUGGCAGCUUGAGAGAAGAAGCCACCGAUGUGAAAUCUACAGUUGUUGACAUUGAAGAGUGCUUGGACAGAAUCAAGCAGCUAGCCGAGGAGCCCCAGAACAGCAUGCCAGACGUGAUUAUUUGGAUGCUGAGAGGAGAGAAGCGAGUGGCGUACGCCCGAGUCCCAGCCCACCAGAUCCUGUACUCUGAUUUUAGCGAAAAGGCUUGUGGCAAACACUGCGGAAAGAUUCAGACCAUUUUCAUGCAGUACCCUAUGGACAAAAACAAAGGUGUGAAGAUUCCCGUUCAGCUGCGCGUCAACAUGUGGCUCGGUCUCUCUGUCCAUGAGAAGAAGUUUAACACCUUCUCAGAGGGAAACUUCAGUGUGUACGCUGAAAUGUAUGAGAACCAGGCUCAGGUGUUUGGAAAGUGGGGAACCACCGGUCUUGUUGGUCGCCAUAAGUUCUCAGAUGUGACUGGAAAGGUGAAACUUAAACAGGAGCGCUUUCUGCCUCCGCGAGGAUGGGAUUGGGAGAGAGACUGGUUUGUUGACCCUGAGCGAUGCUUGCUGACUGAAGCCGACGCAGGGCACACAGAGUUUACAGAUGAAGUUUUUCAGAAUGAAACCCGUUUUCCAGGAGGAGAGUGGAAGCCUGCUGCCGAGCCGUACACAGACGUGAAUGGAGAAAAGGCUCAGAGCCCAGAAGACUUUGAGUGUCCACCUGGUUGGACCUGGGAGGAUCAGUGGAGCUUUGACAGUGACAGAGCUGUGGAUGAGAGAGGAUGGGAAUAUGGAGUGACAAUCCCUCCUGAUGACAAACCCAAAUCCUGGGUUGCAGCUGAGAAAAUGUACCACAACCACCGCAGGAAGCGACUCAGAAGACCAAGGAGGAAGGUUUCUGAUAAAACGUCUCUUGCUGAGAGAAAAGAUCCCGGGGAAGGCUGGGAGUACUCCUCUCUGAUUGGCUGGAAGUUUCACAGAAAGGAGCGCUCGUCCGACACGUUCCGGCGCCGGCGCUGGAGGAGGAAGAUGGUCCCAUCGGACCGCAUCGGCGCUUCUGCCAUUUUCAAACUUGAGGGAGCGUUGGGGGUCGAUGUUGAUGAGAAAGCCAGUAAAACGGAUGCAGCCAAGCUAUUUGGUGCCAACACACCCACUGUUUCCUGCCACUUUAGUCGGUCUUAUAUUUACCAUCUGAGGGUGUACGUCUAUCAGGGGAGGAAUCUCUGCGCCAUGGACAAAGACAGUUUCUCAGAUCCCUACGCCCACGUGUCGUUCCUGCACAUCAGUAAAACUACGGAAAUCAUAAAAACCACUCUGAACCCCACAUGGGACCAAACUCUCAUUUUUGAGGACAUUGAAGUCUUUGGAGACCCACAGACCCUUGCACACAACCCCCCAGAUGUAGUCUUGGAGAUUUAUGACUACGAUCAAGUGGGUAAAGAUGAGCCCAUGGGGCGCUGUGUGUGCCCCCCUGUGGUAAAACUCAACCCUAGUGUGGCGGUCAGUCCAAAGCUGCUGUGGUUCCCAGUAACGAAAAAAGGUUGCAGUGCUGGAGAGGUGCUUCUAGCUGCAGAACUUCUAUUGAAGGACAAGGGGAUGGACGAGAAUCUCCCUCUGGUGCCUCCUCGACGGGGGGAGAAACUCUACAUGGUUCCUCAGGGAAUCAGACCAGUGGUGCAGCUAACUGUGAUCGAGGUGUUGACUUGGGGUCUGAGGAACAUGAAGACCUUCCAGCUGGCCACCGUGUCCUCCCCCAGUUUGAUAGUGGAGUGUGGUGGUGAGAUUGUUCAAACUGCUGUCAUCAAAAACUUCAAAAAGAAUCCCAACUUUCCUGGAUCUGUGCUUCUCCUCAAAGUGCUCCUUCCCAAGGAGGAGAUGUACACUCCUCCCAUUGUGCUGAAGGUAAUCGACCACAGACCCUUUGGCAGGAAACCAGUAGUAGGGCAGUGCACCAUCGACUGCUUGGAGCAAUUUCGUUGUGACCCCUAUCGCCCUAGCAGUGAUGUCUGCAUGUCAGCCAGAGUGACCGUGAUGAAUUCUGUCCCGAGAGAUGUUGUCAUAGACAUGGAGUCAGGAGUCAUUGUGAAACCUGAGAUUCAAGCAAAGGAGGAGGACACAGUAGACUGGUGGAGUAAGUUCUACGCCUCUGUCGGAAACCAGGAAAAAUGCGGGCCUUACCUGAAAAAGGGUUACGACACGUUAGAGGUUUAUGAUUGUGAGUUAGAAGCGGUGGAAAAGUUCCAGGGGCUGACUGAUUUCUGCAGCACUUUCAAGCUCCAUCGAGGAAAAACUGAAGAUGAGGAAGAAGAUCCCUCAGUGGUGGGAGAGUUCAAGGGCUCAUUCAAGAUUUACCCUCUUUCUGAUGACCCAGAGGUACCGCCUCCACCCCGUCAGUUCAGAGAGCUUCCUGAGAGAGGACCGCAAGCUUGCCUGAUCAGAAUAUAUGUGGUGCGCUGUAUCGACCUGCAGCCUAAGGACACAAAUGGCAUGUGUGAUCCAUACAUAAAGAUUUCACUUGGAAAGAAAGCUCUGGAUGACCGGGAUAACUACAAACCAAACACCCUGAAUCCGGAAUUCGGAAGGAUGUUUGAGCUGUCCUGCUUCCUGCCUCAAGACAAGGAUCUGAAGAUUUCCGUGUACGACUACGACUUACUGAGCAGAGAUGAAAAGGUUGGUGAGACGGUCAUCGAUUUGGAAAACCGGCUCCUGUCCCGUUUCAGAUCCUGCUGUGGUCUACCACAAACAUACUGUGUGUCAGGGAUUAAUCAGUGGAGACAUCAGCUGAAACCUUCCCAGAUUCUCCAGAAUGUGGCUAAAGAAAGGGAUGUUCCUCCUCCACAGAUAGAAGAGGAUGGCUGCUCACUAAUCUUUUCAGGAAAACAAUACAACCUGCAGGAGUUUGAGACAAAACCUGUGACUAACCCACACUUGGGACCAGCCAGGGAGAGGCUGGCCCUUCAUAUUCUCAGAAAACAGGGUUUGGUACCAGAGCAUGUUGAGACCAGAACCCUGCAUAGCUCUCAUCAACCAAAUCUGUCCCAGGGGAAAAUUCAGAUGUGGGUCGAUAUUUUCCCCAAGAGUCUCGGCCUGCCUGGGCCUCCAUGUGUGAUCGCUCCUAGGAAAGCCAAGAAGUAUUUCCUUCGAGCCGUCGUUUGGAACACAACUGAUGUCAUUCUGGAUGAAACCAGCAUUACUGGAGAAAACAUGAGCGACAUUUAUGUCAAAGGUUGGAUGCCAGGAAUGGAGGAGGACAAGCAGAAGACAGAUGUCCAUUACAGAUCCCUGGAUGGAGAUGGGAAUUUCAACUGGAGGUUUGUCUUUGGAUUUGACUACCUGCCUGCAGAACAGUUGUGUGUCGCCUCGAGAAAAGAACAUUUUUGGAAUCUGGACAAAACAGAAUUCAGGUUUCCUCCUAAACUGAUCGUCCAGAUUUGGGACAAUGACAAAUUCUCACUUGAUGACUACUUAGGGUCAAUUGAGCUUGACCUCCUCAACCUGGUUCCUCCUGCCAAAACCCCAGAGAAGUGCAGCUUGAAGAUGCAGUUGGGGUUGACUGGAUCUGCCUCCACCAAAAACUCCCUCUUCAGCCAGAAGUCUGUGCGAGGCUGGUGGCCGUGUCUAACUGAGCAAGACGGGAAACCCACGCUUGGUGGCAAGGUAGAAAUGACACUGGAGAUUGUGGAAGAGAAAGAAAUGCAGGAGAGACCUGCUGGGAAAGGCAGGCACGAGCCAAACAUGAAUCCCAAACUGGACCCACCCAACCGUCCUGACACAUCAUUUUUCUGGUUUACAAACCCUUGCAAAACCAUGAAGUUCAUCGUGUGGCGCAGGUUCAAGUGGGUUUUCAUCGGAGUGAUUCUUCUUCUGCUGGUUAUCCUGUUCCUUGGGAUCUUGUUCUAUUCACUUCCUAAUUACAUCUCCAUGAAGAUUGUGAAGCCUUUUUCCUGAAAGGCGUCAACAAGGAACAGAAAGCCUUCCUGCAGCAGAACCUACAGCCCUGUUCUCAGUUAUUACCAUGGCUAUUACCCAUUACAACUAAACAAUAAAUCAAAUAAUCAGCACGCUUUGACAUGCAAAUUUCUUAUACAGCUAAUUCAAAAUGGUGUUUGUUAUGCAGAUUUUUUUUACUAUAUAAAUAGUAACACGUUAAGGUUUUUAGUAGCAAAAAUUGUUAUUGUGAUUGACAUUCCCUAAAGUUCUAAAAACUAACUUUAGUGAAACUCUACAGUCCACUCUCAGUGAUUUGGAGACAUCGUCAAUGACAUAUGUUUUUUUUUUACUGAAUAAACAUGUCAUUUUAUGAGAAAAAUUUCAUUCUGCUUUCAUAAAAAUAUUAAAAAAUUCUGUUAUGAAGGCCUAUCACUUAUUAAACUAUUCUGUUUUUA